GGGCUCUAACCGUAUCAUCAAGUGGAUUCGGGAUUUCGCUAUGGCAGCAGCAAAGCUCCUCUCCAUCCUCUGUGUCGCUGUGGCCAUAAUAACUUUGACUGCAGCCCAGUCCAGAUCCAAAGCGUCAAAGUCUGGGAAAGGCAAGGACGAUUUGAGGAAUGAAAUUGACAAACUAUGGCGAGAGGUCAAUUCACUUAAAGAAAUGCAAGCACUGCAGACUGUUUGCCUGAAAGGGACAAAAAUUCACAAAAAGUGCUACCUGGCAUCGAAAAGCGCAAAGAGCUACCAUGCAGCAAAUGAAGACUGUAUUGCCCAGGGAGGGACCUUGAGCAUCCCCAGAAGCAGUGAUGAAGCUAACUCCCUCCGUAGCUAUGCCAAGAAGAGCGUGACUGGGGCCAGGGAGUUCUGGAUUGGUGUCAAUGAUAUGACCACUGAGGGCAAAUUUGUUGAUGUGAAUGGAUUGCCGAUUACUUAUUUCAACUGGGAUCGGAAUGAGCCACGUGGGGGAACACGUGAGAAUUGCGUGGUGGCUUCAAUUAACAGCCAAAGCAAAUGGUCUGACGAGGUGUGCCGUACCGAGAAGAGAUACAUCUGUGAAUAUCUCAUUCCUUAGAGCUGUCGAUCAUGUGGCAAAUUCCAGACUGACUGCUGUCAUUACAUUUAUUACUUUUAUUGCCAUAUUCCUGAUCUCUGUUUUUCAGGUGAAGAAGUUUGAAUAAGAUUUUUAAGGGAUACAUAAUUUGAAUAAUGCAUAAGGUAGAAAUUCACCUUCGGCGACAUCAUUAAAACAUUUCACAAGCUGCCCUUUAUAUUGAAUAUUGAGAAGAAUGUAUAAUGGGUAAUGCAGAUGAACCCAUUGGGUUCCCAUUUAAGAUGAAUUUCUAUCUGUCUUUUCAAGGUUUUUUUUUCUAUAGAUCCGGUAUUAUUUACCAGGAUUAGUACUCAGAGUCAGGAAUGUAUCUUCAAAAGUCUGUUUAUAAACCCUUUGAAAUUAUGUUCAAGGAUUUACCCACAUAUUUUUGCACAAUUCCUUAGCUUUUUGAAAAGCGGAUUCAGCAAGCUCACGCUCAACAGCUCCCAUAAAACAAAGGAAUUGUCCCCCAACAUGUUAAUUCUUUUAGCAUUGAUCGUCACACUGUAUAGCUCAAAACAUAGACCUUUUUAAUGUCAAUAUUAUCAACAGAAUGAUUCUAAGUCAUUGUCAACCAUGUAGCACAGAUGUGGACCUUACUUUUCCCUUAGGACUACAACCAGUUUUAGUCAGACUUAGAGUGGUCUACCUCAGAAAAUAGCACACACAGUGUGUUCCCCAGUUUGAUCCCACCUGGCUGGUUCAUCAAAUAGAGAUUAUCUUCCAUCUGCAGUACUUUUCUAACUAAUAAGCAACAAUGUUCAAAGGAAAUGGUUUAAAAAAUAAUACCGCUAUGAUUUUUCACCUGACAGCAAUUUCCAGGAGAUUAAUCUUUAAUUCCUAGCAACUUCAGGACAUUUCUGGAGUUAGGAAACAGUACAAAGCAGUGCUGGGCUGGCAAGGAGUUGUCCUAUCUCCGUCAUUAGGAAGAAAAUUCAGGCCAGGUAUCCUUUACUACCAUCCAUGUUAAGCAUUAUAUUCUGCAUAUGUUUCCUAUUGCAUGUAUUGUUUUCUUAAAGGAAAUCUAUCCUGAGUCCUUAUUAUGUUUCAUGGUUAUGUCUUUAGACGCAACACAGUGGAAUUGUAUAGCCUAUUAUUACUUAUCAGGUUUGUUUUCUAUAUAAAGACAUGCAAUUUUCUUUAAACAUUUCAGGUUCUGCCUCAUUGCAGUCAUUUCAGAGAAAACAUAUUUGCUCAAUCAGUCUACUGCACAACAUUUAGUAUUAAUUGAGACCUUCCUUGUGUUAAGGUUCUACUGCGAGAUGUUGAUCUCACAUUACUCCCUGACAUGAAAUUGUGAAGUUUCUGGCUAGCGACUGAUUGUGGUGUUUUUUUUCUAAAAUCUGCCCAAAGCUCUUGCUAUGUUCCUCUCCUUGGGGUAGAGUUCCUGCUUUUGACACAGAUGCUGAUAGAUCUGCUGAGUUUCUCUAGCAAUUUCUGCUUCCUUUGCAAAAUCCACUGGGUUAGGUUACAAUUCAAGUUUCAGCUUAAGUUUGCUUGCAUAAGCACAGAAACUAAAGUCUACCUUGAACCAAUACAAUUAGGUGGUUUCAGAAAAAGCAAUUACACCUUUCUCUUUCCAUUACAUAUUUAAGAAACAACUACACAGUGAUAUCAAUGAGCUUCAUCCCACCAUCCAACUUACCAUGGACUACUCUUUAGUAUCGGUCUCAUUCUUGGACACAUUCAUCUUCAUCAAGGAUGGGCACUUCAGCACCCCACUCUACCGCAAACCUACGGAUAACCUCGCGAUGCUACAAUUCUCUAGCUUCCACCGAAGCAUCUUAAAACAGCCAUCCCCUAUGGACAAGCCUUACACAU